AUGGCAAAUCAGGUUACGCUCAUGGCCUAUCUGCAGCACGGUUUCCAUCCGCUGCCCGUCAUUGAGCAGGGUCAGUCACCCCAAAACACACGAAAUGAACGUUACGGGGCUGCCGAUAUCAACAACGUGGGCCACUGGGCAGACUUUAAUCUUGCUUCAAUCCAGCAACAAUACGGUGCUGUCCUAGAAACAGCACGUAUCAUGGAUGAGCCAGUUCAACCGUCGCCCCCGCGCCCAAUUAACUCCGAAAGUGCUGUUCGUUCCCGCAUUGACAGCUACUUGACCAGCCGGGUCAUACGCGCCCUCCGAUGCGGUUUCGCUUAUAUGGACUCUACCCGACAGCUAGCCGGCCUUACAGUCUUACACUACGAUGUUGGCUCAAUGGCCGAGACACCUGGUGGUUACGUUCCCGACCAAGCCUUCUUUGACCCAAACCUUCCAGCGAAAACGAGACCGAACAGAGCGCCCGGGGAUAUCAAGCCUUCAUACAAGUGGUCGCUGGGUCUGCGAAAUCAUCCCAAUCCAAGCAAUCGGAUGGAGUUCAAACAAGUCCUGUCUCAGCUCAAUUUCUAUAUGAAGCAACACAAUACGCGCUACGGCUUUAUCCUUACUGAUUGUGAGCUUGUCGCUGUUCGAAGGCUUGACAGGAAUGGGAAUCUGGAGCUGUCGGCAUCCAUUCCCUGGACUGCCAAAGGUAGCGCUUCUCAACCCCAAUUAACUGUUCUACUUGGACUCUGGUACUUGGGUAUGCUGGCUGCGAGUGACCAGGGUUGGUCCCUCCAGUGA